AUGUCUUAUUCAUCAUACAGUUCUGGCUCAGCUACAUGGCAAGAGAAGCUCGAAGAGAGAUGUCGCGAGGCACAAAUUCGUCCUCCAGUAUUUCAGAUCGUGUCAGAUAGAAGAGGCGGACGAACAGCAUGGUCUAGCACAGUAACUGUACAGGGCCAGAAUAUUUCUGCACGAUUCUGGUACGAUGGGCAGUACGUCAACAAUGCCAAAGAGGAUGCAGCAGAAGUGGCACUCAAUCGUUUGACUGGAUCGAGCCCAACCUCACCUAUUCAAAGUCGAAUGGGUGGUAAUUACAACAUGACCUAGAACUACCGACACUGCGGCCGACGAUUCAAUUUAGCCUGUAGGAUAAGAGAUGAUAAUAGGAUGAUUUGCCGUUUGCUGCAGCCUCGGCAAGGAUGGGCGAAUGCCAAUAAUACUUCAGGCGUGGGAUGGUUUUCGCCGUGGAUUUUCACAGGACAACAAGG